GCCGCUAGAGAGGAUCUAACUUCUUUUUAUACUUCUCAAAACCUCUUUUUUUUCUCUCCUCUUACUCCUCUGUUCCCUAACCCUCCACUCUUGAUCCUUUCAAGUUUCAAUGCUCAAACAUCAAUACUCAACAAUCUCACUCUCUCUCCAUUUACUAUUAAUAUAUUUUUAUUCCUUUCCAGUCCAACUUACUAAUUAAAAAUUAUUUAAAUUCACACCUCCUCACUCUUUAUUAGUCUUUGAGAAACAUUGAAAAUACAAGAACCAGUUCUGUCUUCUCACAAUCAGUCAUAGUUAAGAAAAAAGCAACAAUGAAAACAGAUGUCUCCAAUUCCAAAGCACAGUGUUUAGGUGAUUUUCAGAAGCAAACCACUUUCACUUGAUCUUGAAAUUUGAGAAACUCUUUUACUAUCAUCUCCUUAUCUUAAAGCUUUUCUUGCCAUGUUUUUGUCACCACUAAAGUAGUUUCAUCUCUAAACUAUUCCAAGACAAAAUAAAAUUUUCACUGCUAAAGCAUGAAACAAAACAUUGAUCUUGAAGUAGAAGCUUGUGCAGAAUAUGAAUCUGAAGUUACAAGCCAAGUUGAUUCUAAUGUAUCAACUCAAGAAACCUUUUACAACAUCACAAAUCCUAAUUCAUAUGAUAUAUCUCUUGACCUAAGUCUAAAUUUCAAGAACAGUGAGAUACCAACAACAAGAGAUUCAAAUUCAAUAGGAUUCUCACUUUCAAGCACUUCUGAGAGCAGUAAUGAACCUGCAACAGCAACAAUUCCAAGAGUUUUCUCAUGCAAUUACUGUCAGAGAAAGUUUUUCAGUUCUCAAGCUCUUGGUGGACACCAAAAUGCACAUAAAAGAGAAAGAACAUUAGCAAAAAGAGCUAUGAGAAUGGGAAUGUUUUCUGAUAGGUAUAAUGCUAGUUUAGCAUCUUUACCUUUGCAUGGUUCUUUUAGGUCAUUAGGGAUAAAAGCACACUCUUCAAUGCACUAUGGUUUCUCACCAACAACAAUUAGGCCUCAUCAUCAUGAGGUGAGAAAUAAUAUGAGAUUCGAGCAACAAGGUUGCGUCGGAUUUCCAAUAUUCUUGGAAGACGAGGAGUCAAAGUUGAUGUGGCCAGGUAGUUUUCGACAAGAAUCCGGGGCGGGUGGUGCUCAACAGAAUUUCAUACUCACUGAGGUGAAUCCUUGUGUAGACAUAGAAAAAUCUACCCCAGAUUUGACAUUGAAACUUUGAAGGAGGUUAUAUUUGGUAAAAAUUUGGCUUUGAAUUGAGUUUUCUGCAUUAAUAUUGUUGUAUUUUUGUAUAGUAAAACAUGUAUGAAAAAUUAUUAUGAUUGCUAGAAUGUAUGAAAAAUGAUUAUGAUUGCUAGAUUGGUUACUACCAA